CCCGCGGCUCCCAGUGCUGCGCCCGACAGCCGGCUGCCCGCUGCACUGGACCCUGGCGUCCUGCUCCCCUGUGCGGGGACCUCGAGUCGCGGACCCGCUAUGGCCAAGCGCAGCUCGCUGUCCAUCCGCAUCGUGGAGGGGAAGAACCUGCCAGCCAAGGACAUUAAUGGCAGCAGUGACCCCUACUGCAUCGUGAAGGUGGACAGUGAGCCCAUCAUCAGGUCAGCCACCGUGUGGAAGACCCUGUGUCCCUUCUGGGGUGAGGAGUAUCAAGUGCACCUGCCACCCACCUUCCACACCGUAGCCUUCUACAUCAUGGACGAGGAUGCCCUCAGCCGGGACGACGUUAUCGGGAAGGUCUGCCUCACCAGGGACACCUUGGCCGCACACCCCAAGGGUUUCAGUGGGUGGGUGCACCUGAUGGAGGUCGACCCUGAUGAGGAGGUGCAGGGCGAGAUCCACCUGCGUCUGGAGGUGAUGCCGGGUACCCGCGGCUGCCGGCUGCGCUGCUCAGUACUGGAGGCCAGGGACCUGGCCCCCAAGGACCGGAAUGGCGCAUCUGACCCCUUUGUCCGAGUGCGCUACAACAGCCAGACACAGGAGACCUCGGUAGUGAAGAAAUCACGCUACCCACGCUGGAAUGAGACCUUCGAGUUUGAGCUGGAGGAGGGGGCCGCGGAGACACUGUGCGUGGAGGCCUGGGACUGGGACCUUGUCAGCCGCAACGACUUCCUGGGCAAAGUGGUGUUCAACGUGCAGAGACUGAGGGCGGCCCGGCAGGAGGAGGGCUGGUUCCCGCUGCAGCCUGACCCAUCCAAGACGAGGCGGCCGGAGGGCAGCCUGGGCUCCUUGCAGCUGGAGGUGCGGCUGCGGGAUGAGACGGUGCUGCCUUCCUGCUGCUACCAGCCCCUGGUGCAGCUGCUGUGCCGUGAGGUGAAGCUGGGCACCCAGGGUCCAGGGCAGCUGAUCCCUCUCAUCGAGGAGCUGACGAGCACAGAGUGCCGCCAGGAAGUGGCCACCAACCUGCUCAAGCUCUUCCUGGGGCAGGGGCUGGCCAAGGACUUUCUGGACCUGCUCUUCCAGCUGGAGCUGGGUCGUACCAAUGAGGCUAACACCUUGUUCCGGAGCAACUCUCUGGCCUCAAAGUCCAUGGAGUCUUUUCUGAAGGUGGCUGGGAUGCGGUACCUGCACGGCGUUCUGGGCCCCAUCAUUGCCAGGGUGUUUGAGGAGAAGAAGUACGUAGAGCUGGACCCCAGCAAAGUGGAGGUCAAGGAUGUAGGGUGCUCGGGGCUGCACCGCACACCCACGGAGGCCGAAGUGCUGGAGCAGAGCGCACAGACGCUGCGUGCCCACCUGGGGGCGCUGCUGAGCGCGCUCAGCCGCUCGGUUCGCGCCUGCCCGGCGGUGAUCCGCGCCACCUUCCGCCAGCUCUUCCGGCGCGUGCGCGAGCGUUUCCCUGGCGUCGAGCACGAGAACCUGCCCUUCAUCGCCGUCACCAGCUUCCUGUGCCUGCGCUUCUUCUCUCCUGCCAUCAUGGCGCCCAAGCUCUUCCACCUGCGGGAGCGGCACGCGGACGCGCGCACCAGCCGCACCCUGCUUCUGCUGGCCAAGGCGGUCCAGAACGUGGGCAACAUGGACACAACUGCAUCCAGGGCCAAGGAGGCUUGGAUGGAGCCCCUGCAGCCCACUGUGCACCAGGGCGUGGCCCAGCUCAAGGACUUCAUCGCCAAGCUGGUGGACAUUGAGGAGAAGGAGGAGCUGGACCUGCAGCGGAUGCUGGGCAUGCAGGCACCCCUGGUGAAAGAGGGGCCGCUCUUCAUCCACAGAACCAAGGGCAAGGGCCCCCUCAUGUCCUCCUCUUUCAAAAAGCUUCACUUCUCCCUCACCACAGAGGCCCUGAGCUUUGCCAAGACACCCAGCUCCAAGAAAAGUGCCCUCAUCAAGCUGGCCAACAUCCAGGCAGCAGAAAAAGUGGAGGAGAAGAGCUUCGGCAGCUCGCAUGUCAUGCAGGUCAUCUACACGGAUGACGCAGGCAGGCCCCAGACCGCCUACCUGCAGUGCAAGUGCGUGAACGAGCUGAACCAGUGGCUGUCUGCGCUGCGGAAGGUGAGCGUCAACAACCCUGGGCUGCUGGGCACCUACCACCCUGGCGUCUUCCGUGGGGACAAGUGGAGCUGCUGCCACCAGAAGGACAGGACAGAUCUUGGCUGUGAUAAGACCCGGUCACGGGUGACCCUACAGGAAUGGAGUGACCCUCUGGACCACGACCUGGAGGCCCAGCUCAUCUACCGGCACCUGCUGGGCGUGGAGGCCGAGCUGCGGGAGAAGCACCGGAAGCUGAGUGCAGGGACAGAAGCAGGUUCUGAGCACAAAGACCCUGGUGAAGCCCCCAGGGACCCACUGGCCGAGCUGCUCCAGGUGUUACAGGCCCUCCGGGAGGCCCACAACAGUCCUGCUGGCUGCCUGCACACAGAGCCAACCCGCCUCCCGGAGCUGCAGACAUGAGGCCUGCCCCAAGCUGAAUCCUCAUCAGGUGCUUGGAGACUCCAGUGCAUUCUGGGCCCUUUACCUCAUUCCUUCUCAUUGGGGUGCAAGGCCUGGAUCUCCCUUCAGUGUAGUGAAUUGAGGGAAGCAGUGACUGGGCUGUCUAGCAAGCCAGAGCUGACCAGAUUUUAGUCUUCUGUGGCCCGCCAGAAGUCUCUAGGGGAUUCUGGGCCUCCGACUUCUCUGAGGACUGACUGCUCCUGCAGCCAUUGUUCCUGCUAGGUCAGGCCCCUCCCCCACU